UUCAAAGAGACCUUCUAUGUCAAUUGUUAUAUUAUUAGGUAAACUCUAAGAAGAAAAUCUUUUAAUCCACUGUGGCUAAUCCAGUCCACUUUUGUUGGCCAGGACAUAUUCAGCAUCAACAAAAGGCUCUGGCCGACGGACACCGGCAUACAUAAUGUAUUUAUAACUGCGGGAGCCUGCUCGGCGGCAGAAAGAGCCACUGCUUGGGCCAGCGGCGGGGGCCGGGGCGGAGGAUUUGCCUGACUUUUAUCAGUUUUAUUUUCAUUUCAAAGAACCCAGCUGAUAUUUGCACUCUGCCGCUUACCAGGGGGAGCACAAAGAGGGCAGGGAUGUUUCCCAGCACCGGCCAGCCCCGAAAACCCACUGGGACCCCACCAGGACCCUCACUCCUCGCCUCCCACCGGGGCUGGGCCGGGGUGGUGGUGGCAGAGAGGGCUGCAAGGGCAGGUUUGCCCCAUGCCUGGUUUUGGGGUGAUGGUUCCCAUGGGAAGCUGGCAGCUGGGCACAGCUGGGGUGGCUCUCCCCGAAAUGGCUGUCCUGGGCUGGCAGGGUCCCCUAGGAUUUACCCUGGGAAGGUGCUUUUGUCCUGGGAUGGGGGGAGUCACCUUCCCACAAGGACGUGGGAUACAACUGACGUGAGGGAAGAGCUGCAAAGGGCCGGCACCGCAAGGCGGAGAGCGGCGCAUGGGUAGACCUCAUCCUCCAAACCCGGGGAAAGCAGAGACCAGAGCUGAGGAACCUGAAAAGCAAAUAAAAACCAACGGCGGCGAAGAGCAGGUGGGAUGUGAGCGCGGACCACGUGGCCACAGCCUGGCCGACGUGGGGUCUUCUGGCAGGAGGAGGUGGGAGCUGGUGGGACCAACCUGAGAUGGGUCGAGGCGGCAGCUGUGAGCUGCCGGUUGUGGGUGCUGGUGGUGAGCAGGGGGCAUUGGCCACCCAGCUCCUUCAGGUCAUGGGCAUUGCCCAUCCUGAGCAAUGGGCAGGUGCUGGAGCCCCCCAGGGCAGGGCUGGGUGGGGGCCUACGCCGGGUCCACAGCAGGACAGGAAGGGACGGACGGCCAGGCUGGGUCCACAGACUGAGCCAGUGAUUGAAAAUGGCUGUGAAAUGCCUGGCUGGACGGGAACUGCUGGCCAUGGGACAAGAACGGGACUGAGCAGCAGAGACCUCCACAGAGCAAAGGAAGCAGGGUCUCCAGCAGGGGUGAGCUCACUCAGGAGCUCAUGGUUGUCCCAGGAUGCCACUGAGGCAAAAACGUCCUUAUUCCCACGGUGGGUAGCUCAGUGCCAUCCAAGGCUAGUGGCUCAGAUCCAGCCGUGAGGAUCUUCACGGAGACACAGCAACAGAGGGACCAAAAGAGCUUGCUUGAAAGAGCCAAGAGGGCUCGGCCAGGGUUUGGUCCUCGUGACAAGGGACAGCAAAGGAGAGGAGCCCUCUCCUGAGGGAGGGGGGGUCACCACACCCCCAGAUGCUCCCCAAGGUGGGCACAGGGUGUUCAGCCAUGGGGUAGCACUAACGGGGCACUGAUGGGCAGCACCAGUGUGAGUGGCCUGGGAAGCAGAAGAAAUGGCCUCUGAGGGACACUGCGAGCCCUGGGUCAAGCUUUUCCACUUUCACUGCGCUCACAGGUGCUUGGGGUCACCAGAACUACAGUCUUCCUCAAAGGUGGUCAAAAUGGCCCAUGCUCAGAAGUUUCUGCAGGGAAUGGAUGCACAUACAGAGUGCAAAGCCACGAGUCACCGGCCCUGGAUGGUCCACCCCGAGACCCACCAAGGGAGCCAAGGGAUGAUGCUCUCCAAAAGGCUGGAGCAUACUGGGGGCUGCUGGGGGGCCCCGGCUCGCUGAGCCUCGCUGUCCAACCCAACCCAUUGCUCUAACCAUUGCCAAGGCAUCCCCAAAACUCCUGCUGCAUCCAGAGGUCCACCCAGCGCAGGAGCUGCUGGGCCAGAGCGACACACAAGGAGCACAAACCACCCGUGAGACAGAGGGUGAGACUUCAGGCUAAAUCACCCAUUUCCAUCAGGCAGAAGUUUAACAUCGGGGGCUGGAGAGGUGCCAGGCUCCAGGCAGCUGUUGAAUGUGAGACUGAGCCUGACUCGGAGAUGUUCAGUGUUGGAGAUCUGAAAAUACCUCACCAUUGGGAAGAGGGAGCCUUGGAGCUCCCCUGCAGGCACCUCUGCUCCACGUCCCACUGCAGGAGAAGGCUCAGGUGGGCUGGCAUGGCUUGCAGCAUGGGCUGGGCUGUCGUGGGAUAGCUGCCCACAAGACAGUCAUCUCCAGACACAGCCCAUGGGUGCCCACCCCACCUCAUGGUCCUGGGGGGGGUCAGAGAAGUGUGGGAACAAUCCAAGUCCACAUCAGCCUCUGUGAGACAUGCUCUCCACAGCAUGUCAUUGGCACACUGGGGAAGCUGCUACCGCAGGAAGAUGCUAAGUCCAAGGUCUGGCAAGAUUUGGUGUUGUACAUCCACCACAGCACGGUUUCUUGUGCUUUGGCCAACUGCAACUAUAAAAGAUCAGGACGAAACACAAUACGAGGCCUGAUUUGCUUUGUGCUUGCCAGCCGUGGGUUCUCCUGGGGUUGGUCACCACGCCAGCCAAUACUUGCCUGUUGAAGGACUCUGGCAGAGGAGAUGUGUUAAUAAGAGAAGGCUCUGUCAGAGUGGAGAACACAUCCUCUGGGAGAAGAUCCAGAGAGCCUAGCACGCUGAGGACAGAAAAACCAAGGCUGUGGGGAUGGGGCUGCUGCCUGCUCCCACCACGGUGGGGGAAGAGCUAUGCAGGCUGAAGGACACGGCUGGCACAAGCACAAGUGGUGUGAAAUGGCUGCAGAGGGGCAGGCUGGACACCAGAAGGUGGCUUCAGCCCUGCAGAGCAGGGGACAGCAGUGGCCUCCAUGUCCUGAUGGGGACAGGGGCUGAAGGGCUGGGAAGCAGCACUGCUUUAUGGAAGAUGGUCCAAGGUCUGGUGUCUGGAAGAGAUGGGACAUGGCAAAGCUUGAGACACCUGCCCAGCCUGAUGCCUACGUCUCUGCCAAGUAGUUCUUGCUGUUUUCUUCCCAGGGAAGGAGAAGGCCAUGGAAUGGUCAUGAUCGCUGGCCCACGUCUCCCCCAGCUCCCAGUCGUCCUGUCCAGGUGAGGACUUGGCUCUGCUGUGGUUCACCUGCCCACCAUGGCAUGGGAAGGGGAGGGGAUUUUAGGAGAGAGGCAGCCUAGGGUUUCACACCCAGGGAAGAGAGCUACCAAGUGGGGAGCAUGAGUGGAAAGGGGCCACUGAUGGUCCCAAAAGUGCUAGCAGAAGGGAAUGGGGACUCUCAUGGCUGACAUCCAGCACCAGGGCAGGUUUGCCUUGGCUGUGGAGUACAUCUUGGACACCUCCAGAGACACAGACCCCUCCACUUCUCCAAGUUUCCUCCCACAGUGGCUGAUUUUGUGAGCAAUUUUGCCGGUUCUGUGUCAGGACAACUCCAAUGCUCUCCACAUCUCGACAAGGGAAAGCCUUGAGAUGAAUCGACGCCAAGAUGAUCUCCUGGGCUGGGCUUGUGCUGGGGCAGCUAAAGCAGCAGAAGAGUUUGAAGAACUCUUCCAUAAGAGCAUGAAUAAAUGGCACUUGCGGAGCACCCCCAGCUCGUCAGCCGCAGCUCAGCGCAGCAUCGGAUCGCUAAUGAGGAGCAGCAGAGCCUGCACCAGCCUGCCCACCCCCCCAGCCUCCUCCCACCGCCACAGCCCCCCCAACCCUGGCACACUCAGGUGUCCCCAGCUGAUCUGCAGCUCUCCAGCCACGGCAGAGGCUCCUCCUCAUCGCCUCUCUGUGCAUUUUUGCUCUUCUCUGCAGAAGGAAGCAGGUAAAUCCCAGGGUCACUGCUGGGAUGGGUCCAGCAUUUUGGCUCAGCUGGUGCCCAGCAGUGCAGAGCCUCUCCUGGUGCUGUGCCUAAGGCCUCACUCCCACUAUGGAAGAGGAACCCUGCAGAGAAGCCUCCUUUCCCAGAAGUGGUGCAGCCCUCGGGCAGGUCACCGGGGUGGAGGGGACACAGCAGUGCGGGGAUCUCACCCACCAGCUCAGCUGGGAGGGUUGGCCAUCGCUGGGAAGAUGGGUGCAGGACAGUUGCCUCAAGGGGGGAGAUGGCAAAGGAAAGCAACUCCCACCCGGGGCUAGAGGUUUUGGAGGUGCUGCUGGGAAGCAGGAGGUUGGGAAAGGGGUGGUGGAGGACGGAGUCCCAGUAGGGGUAGGGAGAGACCCCAGGAGGGUCUGUGGCUGCGUUACCGGAGAGUUGGAAGAGCAGGUGGCUCCCAGAAGUGCCCUGCCAGGACUAGGUGUCCCCCAGCUGGGGCUGGCUUGUUCCCCCGGUCUGGAGCAGACCUGGUCCCUUGGUGCAGCACCUUGUGCCGCAGAAUUGCCCAGCGAGGGCUCUGGCUGGCAGGCUGUGGCUUCCCCGGCGUGCAGCCGUCCUGCCUGCAGUGGGCAGCCACCAGGAGCCCGUUACCGGCAAUUAGCUGCAAACGGCUUCCCAGCCUGGCUGCUGGCCUGCCGGAGCUCUUGGAGCCAAGGCUUCUCCAUGGGACAGCAUCUGGGGCUUCUAAUGCCCUGUCUGAGAGGUAUGGAGAAAUAAGGGGUGAAAAUGUCACGGGGCUUCCCUCAGCAGCACCUGGUGUGACGACAAAGAUCCUUCGCCGCAGCCAAGGUCUGGCUGGGUUUUGGACCUGCCCACACCAGCCACAACCUCAGCUGCUGUUGUUGCUUUGUGGGCUGGGAGCUCUCCUGGAGAAGGACAACGGUGAGAUGAGACCUGACCUGUACCUGUCAGGUGUGCGUGCAGGUAAAAUGAUUUCCAGAGCUCGUCCUGAGUGCACGAGUGUUUCUGAGAUGGCCUCACAAGCCUCACCGUGCCCAGCGAAGCUGGCCAUAAACCCAUGGGCCACUAGGUGGACCCACAAUAAACCAAAAUUGUGUGAUAAGAGAGCUCGUUGACCACCUUCCACGUCUCUGGGAAGAACCUUGUUAAAGCAGAUGCACUGUCAGCGAGCCUCAUCCCAGGAAAGAACUGAAAAAACAGCACCGUACAUCCAACUGGCCCCCACCUGGUCACCAGAUGUUGGCCAAAACGUGGUCACCAGACCUUGCUUAUCACGGAACUGGUUGCCAGCUCCCUGGGAGAGCUGGCCCUCCAGGAUGGAUGAGCCAGGAGCGUGGGGACAAGCACUUGCUCCCCAAGCCGGACUGCUGAUAGGGAUCGUAUCAAAACAGUCAGGCUGGAAGUCUGCAAGGCUGUAGGACAGACAUCAAGGCAUCGCUGAGCACUCAGCUUGCUUUCGCCAGCCAGGCUAGUGACCACAUCUAAGCCUGAAGAUCUCACCCAGUGUUGCAAAACUGAUCUGCAAGAGCAGAGCAACUGAUAUUUCCAGCAGGACUCUUGACAUCAGGCCUUCCCUUACGCCCUUGGCAGCCCAGCUGGUCGGGAUCACAGGUGGCUGGAUAAAGGAGAUCCGCCUCUCCCACCAGGAUCAAACAGGUUGCAUUAGCACAGGCUGCUCCAGGGCAACCCUGCCAGCAGGGACCAGCUGUCUCAAUGCAGCGGUCACCGAUGUGAGCCACCAGCCGGAGCCCACGUUCUUGCCCAGGAACGGUGCCCACCACCUUGUCCUGGCUGACCACGGGGACACGGGAGCAGCAGCCACAAAGGAGCGGCGCUGCUGGGACGUGCGUGGACGGCGUCCCACCCCCGGCCACCCGAGAGGAGCGGCGAGCCUGGUGGUCUGGAGCAUGGAGAGGCAGGCAUGCGGGGUGCAGGCCUGGGGCGGACCCCAAAGGGGCCUUUGAAAUCACAGCCAAAGGUUGAACAGCACCAUCUAGUGCACUUCAUCCCGAAACUGCCCGCGCCGGAGGGACGCCGGCUCUCGCCCACGCACAUCUCUGCCGUUAGAAGGGUACGCUGGAUGCUAAGAGCCCACCAGCCAUCAAACACCACCACCGGCUCACGCCCGCCUUCCUUUGGGGAAGCCGCCAAACAAACUCGUUCACCUUGGAGCUACAAAUAUUGGUGAUUUGAGAUUUGAGCUCAUUCCCCACUGUUCCUGCGCAAGCAAGGACCAGAAAAAUGAAUAUCCAGGGGAAAGGCUUCCCCUUGGACCUUGGAGGAAGCUUCACUGAAGAUGCUCCGAGGCCACCGGUUCCUGGUGAGGAGGGGGAACUCGUGUCCACGGAUCCGAGGCCAGUUAGCCACGGUUUCUACUCCGGUAAAAGCGAUGUGGUUAGAAAUGAGACGUCCACGGCAACGCCGAGGCGCUCUGAUUUGGAUUUGGGGUACGAGCCCGAGGGGAGUGCUUCGCCAACUCCACCCUACCUGAAGUGGGCCGAGUCGCUGCACUCCUUGCUGGAUGAUCAAGACGGUAUCAACCUCUUCAGGACUUUCCUGAAACAGGAGGACUGCGCGGAUCUGCUGGACUUCUGGUUCGCCUGCAGUGGCUUCAGGAAGCUGGAGCCGUGCACGUCUAAUGAGGAAAAAAGACUCAAGCUGGCAAAAGCCAUUUACAAAAAAUACAUCCUCGACAACAAUGGCAUUGUGUCCCGGCAGAUCAAACCGGCCACAAAAAGCUUCAUCAAAGACUGCGUCAUGAAACUGCAGAUUGACCCCGACAUGUUUGACCAGGCCCAAACAGAGAUUCAGUGCAUGAUAGAAGACAAUACCUACCCUUUGUUCCUUAAGUCGGAUAUUUAUUUGGAAUACACGAGGACAGGUGGGGAAAGUCCAAAAAUUUAUAGCGAUCCGAGCUCGGGGUCUGGGACAGGUAAAGGGCUCCCCGGUUAUCUGCCAACUCUGAAUGAGGACGAGGAGUGGAAAUGUGACCAAGAGGCCGAGCCUGAGGCCAGCAGGGACUCGGCACCUUCCAGCAGGCUCACGCAGAAGCUGCUCCUGGAGACAGCCACCCAGCGCGCCGCCUCGGCUCGGCGCUACAGCGAGGGGAGGGAGUUCAGGCAUGGGGCGUGGAGAGAGCCUGUUAACCCUUACUAUGUCAACACGGGCUACGCUUUGGCACCAGCGACCAGUGCCAACGACAGCGAGCAGCAGAGCAUGUCCAGUGAUGCCGAUACGAUGUCGCUGACAGACAGCAGUGUAGAUGGGAUCCCACCGUACAGACUCCGAAAGCAGCAUCGCAGAGAGAUGCAAGAAAGUGCCAAAGCAAAUGGACGUGUGCCACUACCUCACAUUCCUCGUACAUACCGAAUGCCAAAGGAUAUCCACGUUGAACCAGAGAAGUUUGCUGCAGAACUGAUCAAUCGUUUGGAGGAAGUACAGAAGGAACGUGAAGCAGAGGAGAAGUUAGAGGAGCGCCUUAAACGCGUUCGAGCGGAAGAAGAAGGUGAGGAUGCAGAUAUCUCUUCUGGUCCCUCAGUCAUUAGCCACAAGAUGCCUUCCGCCCAAGCCUUUCAUCACUUUGCUCCUCGUUACUCUGAGAUGGGCUGCGCUGGGAUGCAGAUGAGAGAUGCCCAUGAAGAAAACCCAGAAAGCAUCCUCGAUGAACACGUACAGCGUGUGAUGAAAACACCAGGCUGCCAGUCUCCAGGACCUGGCCGCCACUCUCCUAAGCCACGGUCCCCAGAAAGCGGCCACUUAGCAAAGCUGUCAGGGACACUAGGAACAAUUCCGCCAGGGCAUGGCAAGCACGCAACAAAAUCAGGAAUGAAACUGGAUGCAGCUAACUUAUACCAUCAUAAACACGUCUACCACCACAUCCAUCACCACAGCGUGAUGAAACCAAAAGAGCAGAUUGAGGCCGAGGCCACACAGCGAGUGCAGAACAGCUUUGCUUGGAAUGUAGAUUCACAUAACUAUGCAACAAAGUCACGAAACUACACUGAAAACUUGGGCAUGGCCCCUGUCCCCAUGGACUCUUUAGGCUACAGUGGGAAAGCAAGUCUGCUCUCAAAAAGAAAUGUUAAGAAGACCGAUUCAGGGAAAAGUGAUGGUGCCAGCUAUGAGAUGCCAGGAUCUCCUGAAGACAUGGAAAGAAACCAGAAGAUCCUUCAGUGGAUCAUAGAAGGAGAGAAGGAGAUCAGCAGGCAUAAGAAAACAAACCAUGGCUCUUCAGGUGCUAAGAAGCAGCUGUCCCAUGAUAUGGUCCGACCCCUCUCCAUUGAGCGACCUGUUGCAGUGCAUCCGUGGGUCAGUGCCCAGCUCCGGAACGCUGUCCAGCCUUCUCACCCCUUCAUCCAAGAUCCUACUAUGCCACCCAAUCCAGCACCCAACCCUCUCACCCAGCUGGAAGAAGCUCGCAGGAGGUUGGAGGAGGAAGAAAAAAGGGCUGGAAAACUUCCCCUUAAACAAAGGUUGAAGCCCCAGAAAAGACCGGGCAGCGGCGCGUCCCAGCCAUGCGAGAACAUCGUGGUCGCUUACUACUUCUGUGGAGAGCCGAUCCCUUACCGCACCCUCGUCAAAGGGCGCGUGGUGACGCUGGGACAGUUCAAGGAGCUGCUGACCAAGAAAGGGAACUACAGGUAUUACUUUAAGAAAGUGAGUGAUGAGUUCGACUGUGGUGUGGUCUUCGAGGAGGUGCGGGAGGAUGACACCAUCCUGCCCAUCUUUGAAGAAAAGAUCAUCGGGAAGGUGGAAAAGAUCGACUAAGCUCCAGGGCUGCUGAGGCAUGAGGACAGGACUGUGAAAGACUCUGGGACCGGAGGAGAGGAGCCCAGGGCGGAGGGCGGCAGCCUGCUCCGGCACGGACCUGGGCGAGCUCCAGGUUGCCGGUGGACGCCGUUUCACCCCACGAACCUGCCAGUGGGAGCCUGGGCUCCCUCUCCAUACCGAAUAUAAGUGUAAUGUAGCAUUGUACAGUGCAUUAGAAAGUGUAAUAUGACCUUGUUUACUAAAGCUGCAUAUUUUUGAUAUAUUGUAAUAAAAGGAAAAUAUUUCCAAUGUCACAGUGCUCUUAUGUAAAUGUAAAACAUACAGGUACUGCAGAACUCGCCCAAAGUGUACAGCCAUCCACCAGACUCCGCCUGCUCCUCGCUUUCACGGCACCCUGCUCAGGCCCCCCGGCAUGGAUGGCUUUGGAGCGCUGCCGGGGCAGAGCCGCUCCCCCCCCCCUCCGGAGGGGCUGUGGUCCCAGCUCACCUCCGAAGAUUAUUGAGCCUUUUGGAACCAGUCGGUCUCUUGCCUCCCUGGCAGUCUCAGCUGCUGGACAUGGUAGGAUGGUUUGGUUUGUUUUUUUUUUUUUUCCUCCUGAGCUUUCUUGCGACCGAGUAAAUCCCCGAAGGGUAGAAGGGUCGGUGCCAGCUCACGGGGCCAGGGGCUUCCCGCGGUACAAGGACCGGCUCAGAGC